AUGAGUCCGACCCCCGCUCACGCGGUCGUCCGUUUCAUCCAGUGCUCGCGCUGCUCGCUUCCAUUCCGCUCGCCGUUGCGUCUUCCCUGUGGAAAUACACUGUGUCGGCCGUGUUUGCCCCCGAUCCGUCCCAGGGCUGGCGUGUCGUAUCCUGCAAACGAGGACCGGAAGCAAGGGUUUACCUGCCUUUGGGGGAGGGAGGAGUGCGGCGCAGACCAUUGUUUGGGGGAUUGCGGGGCUGAUGUCCUGCUGAGUAGGCUGGUUGAUAUCUUCGAUCAGGUGUUGGGAAAGGAUGGUUAUGAGAUUACCUGGAGGGCGUCUUCGGGAGAUGACGCGGCGGGAAGCGAUGUGAAAAGUGCUAGCGUCGGGUCCUUGGAUCUAUUAGGAGGGGUCUACGGGUUGGUCAAGCAUGGCUUACUCGAUUACGGGGCGGUGGAGAUCCGCUAUAAGCCCUCUGCAUAUGUCAACGUGGGCAGGCACCGCAGGACUUUUGGAGAACUGAAAGCGGCCGUGCGCGGCGAGCUUGAUUGCCAGGUCUGCUAUUCGUUGAUAUUGGACCCCUUGACGACCCCUUGCGGCCACACGUUCUGUCGUGGAUGCGUGGCCAUGGCGUUGAACCACAGCGAUCUCUGUCCAAUCUGCAGGCGAAAAUUAAACUUGUCUACUGUGCUGCAGUCGGAACGGGUGAAUAAACGGGUCUCAGGCCUCGUUGAGUUCCUUUUCCCCGACGAAGUGGCCACGCGACGAGCAGAUUUGGCUCCCGACAUUGACGCUGAUAAUGAGGGAAGGAUUCCCUUGUUUAUAAGUUCGCUUGCAUUCCCGACGAUGCCAAUCUUUCUACAUGUAUUUGAGCCUCGCUACCGCCUCAUGAUUCAGAGGGUCAUGGAGAGUAGAGGCCGCAAAUUUGGAAUGGUCAUGCAUAACAGUAGGGGCCGAUACCAACAAGGGCUGGGAAGCGCCCCUUUCUUGCAGUACGGCACAACACUGGUGGUUGAUCGUUAUGAAUUGCUCCCGGAUGGAAGAAGCUUGGUGAUUGCCACGGGGCUGUCUCGCUUCAAGGUGCUCAGCUCGGAACUAGUGGAUGGCUACUACGUUGGCACAAUCCAACGCAUCGAAGAUGUCUCGAUUUCCGAAGAAGAGGCCCAGGAAUUUAUGGACAUCUCAGCUGUGGAUUCACACUCUCUGAUGACCAAUGCUACCGAAAGGUUAAUAGAAUCCAUGUCAACCCAGCAGUUGUUCCAGCUGGCGCUAGACUUUGUACUCAAGAAGCGCAGAGAGGGAGCUCCAUGGUUGCAUCCCCGCGUACUCCUGGCAUAUGGGGCUUUACCAACGGAUCCUGCCGUCUUUCCGUGGUGGUUUGGCACGAUUCUCCCGGUUUGGGAUCAAGAAAAAUAUGCACUUCUAUCAACAACAACAGUAAGGCAGAGGUUGAAGAUUACUGCGCGGUGGAUUAAGAGGAUGGAAAACCGACACUGGUAUGUACACUUUCAGACCCGGACAUCAUUAAUCUCACGGUCUUCUGGUAUUGUUACAUCUUUCACACCUUUCUCCAUGUCUGUCUGGAUCUCCUUCGGAUCGGAUGAAGCGAUUUCUUCCUAUGACACCCCAGAACUACCCCCCGUGGCAACUCAAGAUUCCGAAUCGUACAUAACCCAAACCCUGGUGUUGGGCCUUUUUCUUGCCAUUUUCGCGACCCAGAUGGCCGCAAAUUUUGUCCAAGCGGCGAGGUCUCGGCGACAAGCAAGAUUAGACAGUACCCAGCCUGCUCAAACAAUGCAAGAACAGCCAGAUAUUCCGACGGAACCACAAGACGAAGCUGAGGGACGACCACCGAGUCCUGCCAGAAGUGCUAAUUCUGAUAGAGACAUCGGGUGA